GUCAUCUAUAGUUUUCCCCUCUAAAUUACCUUUAGGAAUAGGGAACAUCCACCUCUUUGUGUAGCGGGAGACGAAGCACGCCUUUACUACACGAGUAGGCUACGUUGUCCACUUUUCAUCUUUGCUACGUAAUUUGCCUACAGCAUCUGACCUUUACGUGCCGGCCCCGGCAGUAUUGCGAUAACACUAUUUGCGCAUCCUACCGUAAUCCACUGUCAGGACAGGGUGGUACCAAGGAAAGCACCACCCAAUUACACAACCAUAUAGAUUAAGUCAUAAUUUCAAAGGAUGUCGCUGAGGCGAGCAGCCGUGCUGUUGGCUCAAGGUCUUUCAGGUUCAUCAGCCACAACUCUCGGCGCUGCUGCAACCCGGCUCAGUGCUGGCGCAUCCACAUCGGGGAGACCAUGGUCCAGUUGCCUUCUCCAAGCAGCGCGGCAAGAGACCCCCAUGUGGUUCGGCGCGGCCCCAUGGAGGGGCACUCGCGGGGUACAUGAUGCUCCUGGAGCGCGUCCUAAGUCUUCCUUCACAGCAACGGACAUGGCACUGUACUUGGGCUCUGCGGCUGUGUGCAUGAUCGGGCUGUCCUACGCAUCCGUGCCCCUGUACAAGAUGUUCUGCGCGGCGACUGGCUUCGGAACGGGAGUCCGAGCCGGACAUACGGUGGAGGAGAAGCUCAAGAAGCGGCUGGAGUCGCCGGACGUCAAGGUCGAGAAGGCUGCCGCCGCCCGCGAGAUCCGCGUGUGGUUCAACGCCGACGUGAGUGAGACCAUGCCCUGGGACUUCAAGCCCACGCAGGAGUACGUGCGCGUGAAGCCGGGGCAGAGCACCCUGGUGUUCUUUACGGCAACAAACAAGAGUGACAAGCCCGUCACCGGCUACUCGCUGUACAACGUGACGCCCGACAAGGCCUCCUUCUACUUCAACAAGAUCCAGUGCUUCUGCUUCGAGGAGCAGCGGCUGCGAGCCGGCGAGAGCAUCGACAUGCCCGUCUUCUUCUACAUCGACCCCGAGUUCGCAACGGACUGGAACUGCCGUAACGUGGACGAUAUCACGCUGUCGUACAUCUUCCACAAGGUCGAGGGCGAGGAGGAGGAGGAGGACGACGGGCGGCCCACCGUUGUGAAGCUGCACGCGGGGCCGCACCCGCCCGCCGCCCAGCUGCCGACUGGGGUAGCAGCAGCAGCAGCGGUGGCGGCUGAGGCGCCCAAGCCCGCCGCGGCGUGAGCAGCAGCAGCAGCGGAGUGGAGCUGUGGAGUGGAGUGGAGAGGGAGUGGCGGAGAGCCACCCGCGUGGGGUGGACUGGCUUAUAAGGGUUAUAAUGUAGCUUCAUGUUGGUUGUAA